AAGACGAAAACGAGAAGGUAUCGAACUCGGUCGACCACCCGUCGAAAAUGCCUCUACGAGAUCGUAAAAGUGCCGCGUGUCCUCUAUUGUGUAUAUAUAGGGGUACCACGAAGAAACCAUUGCAGUUCUUCAACGAACGUUCUUAGAUUCAUUCUUCGACUCGUAGGACAGAAGAAAAUGAUAAAGUUUCUUCUCCUAGGUGUAUUCGUGGCCCUAUCGGCUGCACAAUUUCAGCCCCAACCAACUGGAAGGAUUCUAGAACCACCCAUACCAGCAUUGUGCGCGCAACGAACAAUUCACGAACGCUUUAACGGAAAGGGUUACUACUAUUCGUGGGCUGAUCCUAGAACAAAUGGACAAGAAGUUGAUUGGCUUGCCGGUAGAAAUUUUUGUAGACAACGAUGCAUGGAUCUUGUAUCUUUGGAAACUUCUGCAGAAAAUGAAUUUAUCAAGAGCCGCAUCGUGCAAAAUAAAGUGAAAUACAUUUGGACAUCCGGUCGUCUUUGUGACUUUAAAGGAUGCGACAGGCCAGAUCUUCAACCGCUUCAUAUAAAUGGUUGGUUCUGGACAGCUGAGCUACAAAAACUUGCACCAACUAAUGAUCGCAAUCAAAAUGAUUGGUCCGAGAGCGGCGGUAUUGGCAAACCUCAACCCGACAAUCGUGAGGCCAUCCAAGGUGGUGCUCCAGAAAAUUGUUUGGCUGUUCUUAAUCAAUUUUAUAAUGAUGGUGUUAAUUGGCACGAUGUUGCUUGCCAUCAUAAAAAACCAUGGGUAUGCGAAGAGAAUGAUUCUCUUUUAAAAUACGUUCGUUUUACCAAUCCAAAUCUCCGCGUUUAACUUUAAAUUUUAAAUGAAAAUGUGACGAGUGGAUAGACCAUUAUUAUUUCAACUACUGUUACUCCUUUAAAUUAUAAGAUUUCAUAAGAUUAAGUAACGCGACUGAAUAGUGUGUAGCGCGAUUAUAUUUAUUAUAACAAUUACUUCAUUACUAAGUACAUUACUCAUGUUACAGUACAUUGUACAAAAUAUACUGAUUCAAGCACAUUGUUUUUUUCAUACAAUUUCAAAAUACAUGGAACAUAUUUGUAUCAAUGCUCA